CCCCCUCAGACGGUCUUCGGAUUAUCUACACUCGAUACCUGUUCCAGGCAUAAUUGACUGACCUAUUCAUGAUGGCCCUUUUCGUACUCUUGUUUUAUCGAGCUGCGUCCGCCUUCCCAUUACAUGUAGCUGCCCGAAGCGACGCUAACAUCACGAUCCCCGCCGGAGCUUCGAACCACGGCGAUCCGAACCUGCUCUGCCUGCCCGCCGACUGGGACGACAUUGCCCAGUUUAUCGUUGCUAACUACGUCACCCAUGCGUUCACCACCACCAUAACCAGUGGCACCGGCAUCCUAGGCGUUGUGUAUGCCGUAGCAAAGUCCCUUCUCUUUCCGAUUGCAAGCGCCGCCUACUGAACCCGACGCCCCCCGGGUUGCCUGACAGCAAGGAUCCAGGACAGCGCCGCAGGCUAGGCCGGGUGGGCACUCUUGUGCUUGCCAAAAAUAGGUCCUGUCGGGGUCGGUGGCCUAUCACCGCCCCGGAUGUCGGACGUCAAGGGCUGACAGGCAGGGGCACUGC